GCGCGCCGACUAGGGCUCCGGGGUUAGCAGCUAGCUCCCUCCGCGUUUGAAUGUGUGUGUGUGUGUGCGCGCGCGCGCGUGUGUGUGUAUGUGCGUGUGUGCCCCCAUGAAGGAUGAGCUUCUCGAGCGUCCAUCCCGCCGAUGCUCCCUCGUCUCUUGGCCAACUCUUGCGCACCCUCUGGUGCUCGCUCGCCGCCUGCCGAACUUCUCCUUCUUCUCCUCCUCCUUUGUGUGGCCCUCUCGUCACGUUAUCAUUGUUGUUGUGUUGGUGGUUGUCUUCUUCCUCCUCCUCCUCCUCGCUGAUUGAGAGCUCGGCGGAGGAGCUCAGGUCAUCUGCAGCUGAGGCGAAGAAGAAGAAGAAGAAGAAGAAGAAGAAGAAGAAGAAGGAGGAGAAGCAGGAAAGAUGGCGAUCAGCCACUACUAGCCGGAUCGGACGCACGCAUGAGACACAACUUUGGAGGUGACGGCGAAGAUUGUAGCGAAACUCAGCUUCCUCAAUAUCCAACAGUGCAAAUUGUUUCCCUGACUUUCCAGGGAGUGCUUUCCCUGUUCAGUUAUGGAGGUACUGCAGUGUGAUGGCUGUGACUUCCGCGCCGAGUCGUAUGACGACCUGAAGACCCACAUUCAGGAAGUGCACACGGCCUUCCUGCAGCCGGCGGAUGCAGACGAGUCUGACUCACUGAAAGACGACGACGACGACGAGGAGGAGGAAGAAGAUGAUGACAAGGAGGAGGAGGAAGCGGCAGCACAGGAAACUGGGGACAAGCGUGACAAGGAUUACACACCGACUAAAACUGGAAUGAGUCCCAACUCUGCAGACAGCUCCAGCAAGGCAUCGCAGAAGCAAACCUCUGAAACCCAUCUGCUGUUUUACCAGUGCAAGUUCUGCGUCCGUUAUUUCAGAUCCAAGGUGUUCUUGAGGAACCACACCAAGAAGGUGCACAAUGUCAUUGAGGAGGGUGCGGUGGCGCCUGUCUCCUCGCAGACUGCUGUGGAACACAGUGACAAUUCCAAAGUUUACUCGUGUCAGUAUUGCACAUACAAGUCUCCACGCAAAGGGAGGAUGAUCAAACACCAUGUUAUGUGUCAUAGCAAAGUUCCCUUGGACAGUUCCAGAGUUCCUUCGGAGAAUACUGAGCCAGACGAGGAGUCGGAUUCAUCCGGAAGACUCAUGAGGGGGACAUUUGCCUGUGAGUGGUGUGACUAUCAGACAGACCAGAAGGCCGGCUGGACUAGUCACGUGUUCAAGGAACAUGGCGACAAGGUCAAGAUAGUUUCCUGCAAUUCCGAGCCAGAAGGGGAUGCAAGUGUGAGCUCGUUGAAAGUAGGUUCCCCAUCCCAAAGCGCGACUGCAUCAAAGACAGCUUUGACUGAUGGAUAUGUGGAGUCCCCAGAAAAAAUGCUUGAAUCAACGCAGAGUGGUGCAGGCGCACCCAUCACCAAGAACGUGGAAAAUAGUGGCAUUGAGACAGGUGUCAAUAUACUGAAUGACGAGGACUCCAGGAGCAGCUUAGAGGAAGACGAAGACUUGGUUGAUAUAGAUGAUGAUCCUAACUACACUGGAACGCUGUCUGCAGACGCAAAGCAGCUUUUAUCAGACGAGGACAAUAAACUGCUGGAGACUAAAGGCAUACCCUUCAGGAAGUACAUGAACCGUUUCCAAUGCCCCUUUUGCUCCUUCCUCACCAUGCACAGGCGCAGCAUCUCGCGUCACAUCGAGAACAUUCACCUCUCUGGUAAAACCACAGUAUAUAAAUGUGAUGAAUGCCCGUUUAUUUGCACCAGCCCUCAUAAAUUAGGCACUCACAAACAGAGCCACAGUUCAUCAGACAUGGAGACCUUGGACCUGACAAGCGAUAGCCCAGAACCUCAUAAUGACAGCGCGGCAGAGCCAGUCAAUGGGGGUAAUGUAAGCAAAAUGAAUGGAAAAAAGCCAACCAGCACAUUGAACGACCAGCAGAACCCCCAUCGGUGCACGCUUUGCAGCUACUCCACCACCACUCUGAAAGGUCUGCGGGUCCACCAGCAGCACAAGCAUUCCUACUGUGAUGACGUGGAUCCCACUGUCUUUGAAAGCCAGUUGGCUGACCAGCAGGAUGCUGAAGUAACAGCAUUGCCGACCUGUCUACAAAAAACACAGACUUCCAUUUUAGGGCUCGCCACCAAAAAACCCUUAGUAACUGGGAAAAGGGCGAGGAAGUCCAUCAACGACUUGCCUUUGGAUUUGUCCUCAGUCAAAAAGCGAACUAGAAUCGACGAAAUUGCUAGCAACCUUCAAAGCAAAAUAAGCCAAAGCCAGCAGGACUUGAUCAUCAAACUGGAUGACAUGGAUGAUGAGGACAUUGCAGACAACUAUGUGAGUGCUGACAAAGUGGGCAGAAACCAAGACGACAAAAAUGCCAUCUUCACUUACAACAUAGAGCAGCCUCAUGCAAGGGAAUUGGCUCAUAAGGGAGGCAGAAUAGGAAAAAGAAAAAGCAACCCUAAGUCAAAAUCCAGGAGCCUACCUCUGUCGUUGACUCUUUCUGAUGAUAGUGAAAACAUUUCAGGUGAUAUCAUGGACAGUAGGGAGGUCACCCAUGAAAACAGCGACUAUUCAGAGGAGCCUGGAACCACACGUUUCUACUGUAAACACUGUGAUUACCACAACAAGUCAGCACGUAGCGUCAGCACUCAUUACCAGAGGAUGCACCCUUAUGUCAAAUUCAGCUUUAAGUACAUUCUGGACCCUGAGGACCAAAGCGCAGUCUUCCGCUGCUUGGAGUGCUACAUUGAAUACAACAACUACAACGACCUACACCAACACUACAUGGAUCACCACCCAGAAGCAAGCAACGUGCUCAACUUCAACCAGCCCAAUCUGGUCUACAUGUGCCGCUUUUGUUCCUACACCAGCCCCAAUGUCCGAAGCCUCAUGCCCCACUACCAAAGAAUGCAUCCCACCGUUAAGAUCAACAACGCCAUGAUUUUUUCCAGCUAUGUUGUGGAGCAGGCCCACAAAACAUCUGAAUCCCAAACUCUGAGGGAGAUAUUAAACUCUGGCCCCAAAAGUUUUAACUCUGCCAGCUCCACUCCAAGGUCCUCCUCAAGUCCGGUGCUCAAAACUGUGUCUAAGACCCCCAAAGCUGCCACAGAGAUAGAUCCCCUCAAGGAAGCAAUGGGAGGCAAUGUUGUUGUAUAUGAUUGUGAUGUGUGUACCUUUUCUAGCCCCAACAUGCACUCUGUUUUGGUUCACUAUCAAAAGAAACACCCAGAGCAAAAGGCAUCUUAUUUCCGUAUACAGAAAACCAUGAAGGUCGUCUCCGUGGAUCAGCCCAUCACUAACACUUCGUUUAACCUGAGCACAUCAACCCCCGUGAAACAGUCAAGCGCAGCACUGUAUGGAUCAGAUGAAGAUAUGUUCUACUGUAAACAUUGCGUAUACAGCAACAAAUCUGUUGUGGGCGUGUUGGUCCAUUACCAAAAGAGACACCCCGAAGUAAAAGUGACAGCAAAAUAUAUCAAACAAGGUGCCCCCACUCCUGGUUUGAUGAAACUGAUGGACGAAUUGCAAAUAGCGGCACCUAAACAGUUGAUGACGCAAUAUCAAAACAAUGGUCAUGAUGGAUCCAACAACUCAAGCCCUAAACUAGGAGACAAAUGUGAAGACGAGCUGUUCUUUUGUCAGCACUGUGAUUAUGGAAACCGGACUGUAAAAGGAGUGCUCAUUCAUUACCAGAAGAAGCACAGGGAAACUAAGGCGAACGCCGACCUCGUGCGUCGUCACACCGCGGUUGUACGGAGUCAACGUGAACGUGCGCAAUCCAGCAGCUUUGCUUCCACCGUGGUUGCCCCGGCCCCUCCACCAGACCCUGAUAAUACUACUCCCUUGCGUUCCCUGAAGUGCAGACACUGUUCCUACACGUCCCCUUAUGUGUAUGCCCUCAAAAAGCAUCUGAAGAAGGAUCACCCCGCCGUGAAAGCCACAGCCAUGACCAUUUUACACUGGGCUUACCAAGAUGGCAUCUUGGAGGCUGGCUAUCACUGUGAGUGGUGCAUUUACUCCCACGCUGAACCCCAAGGCUUGCUGCUCCAUUACCAAAGACGCCACCCUGAGCAUAAUGUGGAUCUUGCCUAUAUGGCAAGCAAGCUGUGGGCUGGGCCAGAGACCACCGAACAAGGGGGGAACCUUGAAACUAAACAUUACAAAUGUAGAGAUUGUGCCUUUGAGGCCUGCACAAUAUUUGACAUAACAAGUCACUAUCAGGCAGUGCACCCAUGGGCAGUUAAAGGGGAUGAAUCUGUACUUUUGGAUAUUAUUAAAGGGAAAGCUGAGAAGAGCCCCAAAGAAUCUUACACUUCUAUAGAGGACGAUGGCGCCCUGUUUGUUGCCAUUCCACCUUCAGACAGCAACCCCCAUCGCCCUCACCCACGUCUCUCUAUAUCCACUAAUCCCUAUCAGUGCACCGUGUGUAUGUCGGAGUACAACAGCCUCCAUGGUCUCCUCACCCACUAUGGAAAAAAGCACCCUGGGAUGAAAGUCAAAGCGGCAGACUUUGCACAGGAGGCCGACAUCAACCCCAGUUCUGUUUACAAGUGUCGCCACUGUCCCUAUGUAAACUCCCGUAUCCACGGCGUCCUCACACACUAUCAGAAAAGGCACCCUUUAGUGAAAGUUACGGCGGAGGACUUCGCCAAUGACAUUGAGCAAAUCGUGGACAUCAAUGAGGCUGACGACAAGAACAAGACCCAAAGGCAAGGCUAUGGUGCGUACAGGUGCAAAAUGUGCUCGUAUACGCACGGGACGCUGGAGAAACUCAAAAUCCACUAUGAGAAGUAUCACAAUCAGUCAGCCACCGAAAUUUUCACCCCAGGGUUGACAAAUUUCUCAGUCGGCCAAGACACAGAGCCCAUUGCAGAAUGCAGUGCCAGUCAUGUAUCAAGCACAGCCAAAGUCCAGGAGGUCGGUGAAGUUGACUUUACCCUCGCGCAGCUACCCGUCAAUAAGCCCGAGAAGCACACCAUCUUUAAGUGUCAGCUCUGCAAGUACUUCUGCUCCACUCGCAAAGGCAUCGCCCGCCACUACCGCAUCAAGCACAACAACGUCCGCGCUCAACCGGAGGGUAAAAACAAUGUCUUCAAAUGUGCUCUGUGCUCAUACACAAACCCCAUUCGUAAAGGUUUGGCAGCACAUUACCAAAAGCGCCACGAUAUUGACGCAUACUACACCCACUGUCUGGCUGCUUCCAAGACUAUGAGCGAGAAACCCAACAAAUUGACGAUACCGCCGCCAUCCGAAGGGGAGACCUCGGAGAUGAGCGAAGAGCUGCGCUUGGCCGUAGAGAGACGAAAGUGUUCACUUUGUGCCUUCCAGGCAUUUAGCAGGAAGAGCAUCGUGGCACACUACAUUAAACGCCAUCCAGGCGUCUUCCCUAAGAAGCAGCACGCCAGCAAGCUUGGUCGCUACUUUACUGUCAUCUAUGCCAAAGAACCAGAAAAAACAGAGGAUAGUCCUAUGGAAACAGAAGAUAGAGAGCUGCUGGAGGACGCUCCAGAAGCCGAGCAGGACGGCGACGGAGAUUGGCUACCAUUUAAGUGUUUCAAAUGCUACCGGUUGUCCUUCAGCACUGGCAGGCUGCUGUCUAUGCACUACAAUGACCACCACAGCUCCGACUUCAAGAGGGACUUUGCGAUGUCGCCGGACCCUGUGGAUGAGAACUCAGAGUGGUUCCAUUGUUCGCAUUGCGAGCUGAAGUUCCUGGCCCUCCCUAUGCUUGCCACACAUCUGCUGAACCACAAUGAGGAGUUUGAGAAGAGGGUCACCAGGCAGGAGAGGAGGAAGCAGCUUCUCAGCAAACACAAAGCAGUAGAUGUACUGGAGAGCAAGCCUGAGAAGGAAAGCUGUGCAAACAAAGCUCCUGUAGGCUUCAGGUGUAACUUCUGCAUGGAGGUCCAUCCUACCCUGCGAGCCAUCUGCAAUCACCUGAGGAAGCAUGUCCAGUAUGGAGAGGUCAAAGAGGGACAUGUGAAGAAGGAAGUCAGCGAGGUUCCGCUGACUGCAUCGUCACAGAGGCUAGUCAAUGGUGACGUGGAAAAUGAUGAAGCAGCAAGCCUUGAGGGGCCCGCCAAUGACGCGACAGACCCCAUCUCCAUCCCUGCGGGCUCCCCUGUUGCCACAGAGACACCGGAGCCAGAGCUGAAUGCUGUCGAGGGGAGGGCAGCUACCUUGGUGGCUGCAGCCAGGGCCUCAGUGUCAGGGGCCUUGCUCAAGCAACGGCUGGCAACAGGAGGCCAUCCGUGUGCCCAGUGUGACCGAGUCUUCAUGUCCAUGCAGGGACUAAGGUCCCAUGAGAGGAGUCACUCGGCCAUGGCCAUGCUCAGCAGAGAGGACAAAUAUAGCUGCCAGUACUGCCAGUUUGUCUCACCCUUCAGACACAAUCUGGACAGACACAUGCAGUCUCACCAUGGGCACCACAAGCCCUUCAAGUGCAAACUCUGCCCCUUUAAGUCUGCCUACGUGAGCCGCUUGAAGAGCCACAUACAUAAGACGCACACUGGCGAGCAGCACACAUACAAGUGCUUGUCCUGCCCCUUCUCUUCCAUGACCAUCAGCCAGCUGAAGGAGCACUCUUUGCAGGACCACGGCGAGGCUCUAACCCUGCCCAAACUGCGGGCCGCCAACCAGGCCGCUCACGCUGCUCUGAGGACCACCCGGCUGACCACCAAUGCCGAUCAGAAUCCUGGAGAAACUCUGGAAGACCCGUCAUACUGGGAGCAGGAGGAUUUUUGCGAGCAGCUCAGUCAUUAUCAGGUCUCUUCUCGCGGUCAUGUGUCGUCCUCUUCGACCCACGGCUUGGCCGACAAUCGCCCGGACAACAUCCUCACCUGCGAGUUCUGCGAGUUCAGCUCCGGGUACAUGCAGAGCCUGCGUCGGCACUACAGGGACCGUCACGGUGGCAAGAAGCUCUUUAAGUGCAAGGACUGCUCUUUUUUCACCUGCUACAAGAAUACUUUCACCACGCACGUGGAGGCAGGUCACAACAACAAUGCACCAGAGGACAUUCAGAAAGACCUUUGCUGUCCUCUCUGUCUCUACCACACCAAAUACAAGAGCAGUAUGAUCGACCACAUUGUCCUUCACAAAGAGGACCGCAUGAGUCCCCUGGAGGUGAACCGCUCCAAGCUGUCGCGUCACCUCCAAGGCCUGGUGUUCCGCUGCCACAAGUGCACCUUCACGUGCUCCAGCGAUCAGGCCCUACACCUCCACCUGCAGAAGCACGUGGAAGUCAAGCCCUACCAGUGCCAGCUGUGCUACUACGACAGCCGACGCCGCAGCCAGCUCGAGGAGCACCUCCGCCUCGAGCACAAGGUCAUACGUAACUUUGAGCUGAUGGGCCGCGUCAACUUGGACCAGCUGGAGAUGAUGAAGGAGCAUGAAAGCAGCAGCGAGGGGGAUGAAGUGGAAGAAGCACAGGAGGAUAACGACGGGAUGGAGAUGGCGGUCGAUGGAAGUGCUGCUGUUGCUGUGGAGGGGGAGGAAGGGGAGGAAGAUGAAGGCAUGGAAGUGAUGGAAAACCCAGGAGAGGAAGAAGGAGGCAUGGAGGAUGAAGAGCGGGACGGUAGCAUCAAAGAAGAAGAGGAGGGAUUCAAGGAGAUGGAGGAAGACAGGCCUGCCCUACAAGAAGUCCUUGCUUCUCCAAGCAGUAGUAGCAGCAGCAGCAACAGCAGCGAGAAGGGCGAGAAGCGUCUUCCUUGCGAGUUCUGUGGACGCUGCUUCACUAACAAUUUAGAGUGGGAACGUCAUGUCCUUCGCCACGGCAUGAUGGUGAACAACAAUCAGCUGGACACCAGCACAAACUCCACAAUGGAGGCCUCCGCUCUGUCUUCCCUCUCCUCCACAUCCAUCGACACCGGACUGGACCUUUCCGGCAACCGGGAAGAGAAUCAGAACCCUUCGGAUCUAUCGCAAAAUCAGUGCCAGGACAACAAAGAGACGCUUGACACCAAAAAAGAUCAGCAGCUGGGUUGACCAGACUGGGGACCCUCUUGGGACAUGAAGGUUAGGUCGAAAUAGGAUGUUAAAUUAAAAAAAAAUAAUAAUUAAAAAAAAGAUUUAAAAGUGAAAAAAACAUUUUAUGAGUUGGCGCAUUAUUAGAUUGUAGGUGUUACAUAUAUAAGUAUUAGGUUGUGCUGCUUAAAAAAAAAGGCGGAGCUCCUUAAUUAAAUGGGCGGUCCCCUAGGACAGAUUUUUAAUAUAUUGGUAACCAAUAGUGAACUUUUAUUACCGACAUUCUGGUCAAAACUACAGUGAAAGAAACCAACCUAUAUUAAACUAUUUAUAGAGAAUGUUGUCCAAAAUAAUCCAAUUGAGCUAAUCGAAGCACCUUUUACACCCGCUUAAUCACAAAAGAUGAUAAAAGAGGUAAAUGUGAGCAUUUUAAGGAUUGGCCCAAUGUAGAAGCUACCUUUUAUCUUAUUUUCCCAUUGAAGCCUUGUGUUUGAAAACCUUGAGUAAGGCUUGCACCUUAUCUAUUUUCCUACGUUUGCAAAUCCUCAUUGGUAGAACUGAUGACAAUUUACCACCCAUGUUUUUUGUAGCAAAUUGCUAUCUUUAGAUCCCUUAAUAUGAUUAUACUACGUAUAAGCCUUCAGCCUGUGGCACCCUUCGUGUUUGGACUGUACUGUUUUGUUGUUCCGUAAUUUCACUGAUGAAAAAUAGUGGAUAUUGGAUUAAACCCUAACCCUGUGAGACGUUGUUUUCCAGUCCGUCAUGAUUUAAGCUGUGCACCCGGGGGAUGUACGCAACAUGUUUCAUUCACACUCAUGGAUAAGAGGACAGUUGGUAUCUUGAUUAAGGCGCAAAGGUUGCACUUGUCUUUUUUACUAGGAGGCCAUUUGGAUUAUUUGAUGGUUGAAACUGUGUGGAUUUGUUAAUGGCGUGCAGUAUCUGGCUGAAUCCAGCAGGGGUGCUGUUGCUUCGACUAGUUUGCUGUCUCCAGAAGACAACAUGAUGUCGCCUAUUGAAAUAGAUAGAGAACACUAUGACUGGAAACAGGAGUUCAGAACAUUUACAGGAGACUCCUUUUAUCUGUGAAUGGGGAAAAGUUGUGUUUUGUUGGGCUGUUCGUUUACAUGGCAAACAUUUGCAAGUGUGUCUCAACGUGGAAGCUUUAGAACAGUGCUUCUCCAACUUUUUACACCCAAGUACCACCUCAAAAAUGUGCCACCGUUUUUUGCUGCUUCCACUAGUGAUGCGCGAUACCACUGAUUUUGUUUCCAAUCCGACACUCAGGCCGGUAUGACCGAUACCGAUCUGAUAAAUUGUGCAACUACACCUAAUGUUAAAAAGUGGUGUAUUUCAAAUCAUAGCAUAAAGAAUACAAGAUGUGUAAAUUAUUUAAUUUUAAUUAUUUAAUUUAAUUUUAAGUAUAUUGGGGUAGCUAAUAUACAACAACAGGGGAAAAAAAGAGGACAAAACUAUAUAAAAUAUGUGAAAAUUUAUUUUAAACAAUAAAAAAAGAAAAUAAGUAAAAUAAUAAAUCCAUUAAAAUAAAUGAUUAAUUAGUAAGAACACUUUCUUCACAAUUCACACAUGGCUUCAUUUAUGGUCGACUGUCGUAUCAACAGACUGAGACUGACGGAGCACUGUGCUUACGCAUUACGCACUUCCUCAGGUGGAAGAAGUAGUAGUUCCCACCAACUGGGUAUCAUUUAGACAAGAUUUAAAUCAUUUAAUUAUGUUUCACUGUGUUCCUGUUGAUGACGUACAUGACUUCAAAUGACUGUAGUAUCAAAAGUAUCGAUAUUUUGAUUUGAGAAUCGAAUUGACAGCUUACUAUCACAGUUGUUGAAGCCAACUGUGUGGCUUACACUUGCAGGUUAUUGGCUUGUGGUAUAUGAUGCGAGUUAAACAUUCAUAUUUCAGCCAAGGAAAACAGAAUGUGAAUUUAAGUUUUUGAUUAAUAAAUGUGUAUUUGUGGACCACUUUGUACACAUUUCAUGUGUCCCUGCGUACCACAGAACCACUUGUUUUAGGAAAUGCGUUCAUGUCAACUCAAAAAACCACGCAUGUGUCAGAAAAAGUCACAUACAUACUUCCCAAAAGCAGUUGGUAGUGUUUCUUUACAAAAAUGACAUUGCCCUCUAGUGGCCUGGCAUACAUACUACAGUGGUUUUGCAGGGUGAGACGACUAGUUCUGACAACCUUGUGCAUGAGCUGUUUUACUAUGUGGUAAACAUACCCUAGGUGUGUUAAAACAGGCUUCAUCGCUUGACAUUAUUUACAUAUCGGCCCGCAUUUAAGACGAUCCCCCUCUUUUAAGACCCAUUUUUGAAAGUAUUUUUCAAACGAGACAAAAAUUAACCUUGUUUUAAAUAUCAGUGAAAUAACUGAUAGGAUAUAUUUGGUAAUGGUCAUAUUUGUUCUGUUUCACGGGUCUCUCCAGGUCACUGGUGUGUGUGUGUGUGAUGGGAAGAAAAGCUUUGACUCACUUGGAGAGAAGUAGUGCAGUGUGAUCUGCUGGUUGUAUAAAUCUGUAGACUCUAAAAUAUAAGCUGAUUUGUCGUUAGACUUUUUUUUAUAGCGAGAGCAUAAAAGAUAUAUAUGUUAUAAUAAAAAGACAAGUGCAACCUAGACAGAAAAAGCCUUGCUUCUGCUAUCAUUUGACUUUUAAACUGUUGUCAUUCCCGUCCUCCUUUUCCUUCCCCGUGUCAUAGUCUGCUUUUACGUUAAUGUUUCUCUUUUUGUAGAUGAAGAUUUCAUGUUUGACAUAAAAAAACCAACAAAAAAACAGUAGGCAGAGAUUGUAUUAUGUUGUAAGUUGCUGCUCGAACGCCCUAAAGCCUUAUGAGGAAACAAAUAGCAAUCAAAUUUCAGUCCAAAUUUCCAGAUAGCCGAUGACUACAUUUUGAUCGCAUUUAGUCGAGAUGAGGAAUACAUUUUAUCGUUACUGAACUGGUUCUCCAGCCUGCUGUGUGCGCUGCUGUGACCCUCUUUUUCAAAAAGGGAAAUCUGCUAUCUGUUGUCGGAACUUCCGUUUGCAGCCAUGUACAGAAAACUACUUGUUAAGUGGUGAACUGUGGUGUUUCAGAAAGGAUACACUAAGUCCCUUUUUUUUGUUUCGUGUUUUUUGUUUUUUUAUAAAUAUGAUAUUUGGGAGUUUUGGGGAUUCUCGAUCCAAUACCCUGCUGUACAAAGUCCAUUUAAAAUGGAAAAAUGUCUCCAGAUAGGAAGAUCAAUGUGGUACAAUUAAUUUUGAAUAGGAACAACAUGGUAAGAACAAGUAUAUAUCCAGUAGGCAACCCGUCGAUUACUCCGAAGAUCCGCCUCCCGCCUAAUCUAGUCACUUGUAUCCGUCAUCGUGGUUGACAGAAGAUUGGGAAUGUAUCAGCCUAUCCAUGCUCCCUUUUCACCGACGUUAUCCUAUCACUGUACCUGUUGGGUUGGCGCUUGAGUUUUGCGUUUUUGACACAGCCAGCUUGUAGUUUUCUGAAACCUUUUGUGGUAUCAUUAAAAGGCAGCUCCUACGAUUGUUGACCAGAUGUUGCAUUAUCAUUAUCGUGACAAUCGUAGAAAUGAGGCUGUCAACCCCAAAACCCAUUUGUUGUUCUGUGAUCUUUUGAGUAGUACGUGACUUACGAAUCCCCAGUCUGUUUUUGACUGUACACCCAAAAGUAGCGUCCCUGCUGACAACACACUGGAUACUUUGUACAUAUGUUUAGUUUUUGUUUUCAAUGUUGUUUUCUGUUUGUUUUUUUGGCUCCAUAGGUUGACGCUAGAAUCUGUCCUUCUUGCCUUUCUUCUCGUAUAAAUCUUGAUUACCUGAUGGUGGGUUGUGAUGUUGCCUAGGAUGAUUGUUUACAAUUUUAUUCCAUUUAUCUCUGGAUAUUCUGUAAAUAUUGUAAUUCAUUGUCUUUUUUUAACUUGAUAAUAAAGUUAUCAGAUAAUGGUCA